AUUGUAGUUCAUGCUGGCUAAUUUAUUCUCCAAAAGAAAGCUCAAUGACUGGUGAUUGCGCCACUAUAUAGGACCGUGCAUACAGCUCAAUGAAGAAGCCACUCCCCCAUCUACCCAUUCUACCACCGAUCCCAAGGAAAAUGGAAGAUUCCACCCUGCUAUGGUUCCUCUACGUCUCACUCGCCUCCUGCCUUCUCUAUAAGCUCUUCCUUUCGACCAAGACGAGGUCCAGUCAGGCGAGGCGGCCGCCGGGCCCCGCGCCCCUGCCGCUCCUCGGCAACAUCCUCGACCUCCACGGGGAGCCGCACCACGCCCUCGCCAGGCUUGCAGAGACGCACGGGCCCGUUAUGUCCCUGAGGCUCGGCGCCACCGACGCCGUCGUGGCCUCCUCCGCCGCGGCGGCGCGCGACGUGCUGCAGAGGUACGACCACGUCCUGGCGGCGCGGUCGGUGACGGACGCCGGGCGCGCGCUGGGGAACCACGAGCACUCCGUCAUCUGGCUCCCCGGCAGCAGCCCGCUGUGGAGGCGGCUCCGCGCCGUGUGCACCACCCACCUCUUCUCGGCGCGCGGGCUGGACGCGACGCGCGCCGCGCGGGAGGGGAAGGCGAGGGAGCUGGUCGCUUGCCUGGGCCGCCACGCCGGCGAGGCCGUGGACGUGGGGCGCGUCGUGUUCUCGUGCGUGCUCAACGUCGUGUCCAACGUGCUCUUCUCCGAGGACGUGGCGGACCUCAGCUCGGACCGCGCGCAGGAGCUGGAGAUGCUGGUCAGGGACACGGUGGAGGAGGCCUGCAAGCCCAACCUCUCGGACCUCUUCCCCGUGCUCGCCAAGCUCGACCUGCAGGGCCGGCGCCGGCGCAGCGCUGAGUUUAUCGGCAGGUUCUACGAAUUCUUCGACGAUAUCAUCGCGCGACGCGUCCACGCGGGCGGCGGCGGUGAGAAGGAGGAUUUCUUGGACGUGCUGCUUCAGCUACACGCGGUGGAUCAGCUCAGCCUGCAAACUAUCAAAUCUUUUCUUUUGGACCUCUUUGCCGCCGGAACGGACACGAACGCGAUCACCGUCGAGUGGACGAUGGCCGAGCUGCUCCGGCACCCGGCCGUGAUGUCCAAGGUCCGCGGCGAGCUGCGGGACGCGCUGGGAUCGAAGCUCCACCCUGACGAGUCCGACAUCGACAGGCUGCCCUACCUCCGCGCGGUGGUGAUGGAGUCCAUGCGGCUGCACCCGCCGAGCCCGAUGCUGAUGCCGCACCUGGCCAUGGCCGACGGCGCGGAGGUGGGCGGCUUCGCGGUGCCGAGCGGCACCAAGGUGAUCGUCAACCUGUGGGCGGUCAUGCGCGACUCGGCGGUGUGGCCGGAGCCCGAGGCGUUCGUGCCGGAGCGGUUCGCGGGCGCCGGCGACGCGGACUUCCGCGGGAAGGACCGGAUGGAGUUCAUGCCGUUCGGGGCCGGGCGGAGGGCGUGCCCCGGCACGCCGAUGGCCACCCGGGUGGUGACGCUGCUCCUGGCUUCCAUGCUGCACGCGUUCGAGUGGAGGCUGCCCGAGGGGAUGCAGCCCGGGGACGUGGACGUCCGGGACCGGUUCGGCACGUCGCUCAACAUGGUCACGCCGCUCGAGGCUGUGCCGGUGCCGGUGCGACGGUGAUACACCGCAGCGUCUUGUGGAUCAAACAUCUAGCUGCAGUUAUCAGCCUGCUCUCAGGAGUUAGCAGAGCUAAACAGGUGCGCUAGCUUUGCGAGUAUCUCUUCUAUCUUCUUAGCAUAAUUGUUUGGUUGCCUGCUCCAGCAAUCGAGCCAGGCUCUGGGGAACGUGAGAAUCGACCGUUUCUGCCGGGCCUGGCUGGCGCGGUGCAGCGGCAGGUACGAGGAUAGGUAAAAUUUAGCUGACGGAACUGCACAACCGUUCCUGCAUAUUCAGACUCUGGACAAACAGGCAACCAAUCAACACCCUUUGCGUGUA